AUGGUUUCUCCUGCUGAACCUCUUGAUAUCAAAAAACGUGGAAAAUCAAAAUCCCCUCUUAAUAGUAUUCCUGAAAGAGCCAUCAGUCCAAGCUUUAAUACUGACCGAAUUAACAACAUAAAUCGUCUUGUUUCUCCUCCUCAUAACAACUUAAAUCGUCUUGUUUCUCCACCUCUUAACAACAUAAAUCUUUUGGCUUCUCCCCCUCUCAAUAACAUAAAUCGUCUGGCUUCUCCUCCUCCUCCAGAUGUUCAACAUCUUUCAAAGUCUCAACCAAAGGCAAGUUAUCAAAAUAAAUUGGAUUCUUCUUUUCCCGUUAACAAGAAUUUCGCAAAUAGUUCUGGAAGCAAUGGAAGAUUUCUUGGUUCAUACUCAUUCGGUUCUUUGGAACAAAAUCCAGAAUCUUAUAUAAUUUAUAUUCCAAAAGAAAGGAAAGCUGAAAUUGUCAAAAAGCAUCUUGUUACUGACGAGGAAUAUGCUCGUAGCUAUGGCAGCUAUGAAAGUACCAGUAUUUUACCUGAUUCUCAUUAUUCGAGUUCUCAUAAAUUACCUGGUGGUGAUGCAACACAUGAAGUUUAUAAAUGGCAAAAAGGCAUCGAAAAUGAACCCAUGAAACGUACUCGUUCUCGUUCUUUACAUAUUCCAAAACCAUAUGAUCCCGAUACUUCCAAUAUAAGAGAACCUGGUGGUUUCCGUCGUCAUCAUGUAUUGAUGAAAGCUAGAAAAGCGGGAAAAGAACCAAAUAUCAUAACACGUAAUUUUAUCGAUUUUUUGGCAAUGUAUGGACAUUUCGCUGGUGAAGAUUUAUCUGAUCAUGAAGAUGGACACGCGAAUGCGUCCCCUUCAAAAGCCGUGUUUUUAUUAUUGAAAUCAUUUGUUGGUACAGGUGUUAUGUUUUUACCUAAAGCAUUUUAUAAUGGCGGUAUGGCCUUUUCUCUAAUUUUUUUGAUUGCGGUCGCUGCGAUUUCGUUAUGCGCAUUUUUAUUAUUGGUCGAGACACGGUUCUAUGUUCCAUAUAGUUUCGGUGAUAUUGGCGGUGUUCUUUAUGGUCGUUGGAUGAGACUUGCAGUAUUAUUUUCGAUAACUAUUUCACAGAUUGGAUUUGUAUGUGCUUACAUGAUUUUUGUUGCACAGAAUAUUGGGAGUGUUGUUUUUGAAGUUACUGGAAUCGAACGAGAUGUGGCUUGGUAUUUAAUGGCUCAACUUGCUGUUUUCAUGCCACUCGCUAUGAUCCGUCGUAUUUCUAAGCUAUCAUUCACGGCAUUGAUCGCGGACGCUUUUAUCAUGUUUGGACUUUUAUAUCUUUAUUAUUAUGAUAUUUCAUUAUUAGCGACUAAGGGUAUGGGAAAAAUAGAAGCAUUCAAUUCUUCCGACUUUGCUCUGUUCAUUGGCACAGCUGUCUUCACCUUUGAAGGAAUUGGAUUAAUUAUCCCAAUCACUGAAUCAAUGAAAGAACCGGAAAAAUUCCCUAAAGUUCUUACUGGUGUAAUGAUUUUUAUUACUUUUAUUUUUACUUCGAUUGGGGUUUUAUCUUACGCCGCCUUCGGUGAAAAUGUUGAGACCGUAGUUAUCCUAAAUUUGCCGGCCGGAGAUCCAGUUGUUCAAGCCGUCCAAUUUUUAUACGCCUUAGCUAUCCUUCUCUCCAUUCCCUUGCAACUAUUUCCGGCUUUAAGGAUUAUGGAACAAGGAUUAUUCGAAAAAAGUGGGAAGGAUGAUCGUUUGGUUAAAUGGCAGAAAAAUGUAUUCCGUUGCUUAACGGUGAUUGCAUGUGGCUUAAUUUCAUAUGGUGGCUCGCGUGAUCUAGAUAAAUUUGUAUCUCUGAUAGGUUCUCUUGCAUGUGUUCCGCUUUGUUUUUUGUAUCCCCCACUGUUCCAUUUUAAGGCUGCAGCGCAUACUCUCAAAGCUCAACUAUUAGAUAUAUUUAUAUUUGUAUUUGGGCUUUUUUCAUUGUUAUAUACAUCAUACGUGACACUUGAUAAAUGGGGUGACAUUUAA